AGCAUCGUGUCUUCCCCUUCGCUCCAUGUUUCCUUCGUUGGUCUCAACUCUUGACAAAGGUUGAGAUCAGACAGCUCUGCCUCGCCCGCCCUUGUACGUGGUUGGCAGUACGUUCAUGGAUCCCGACUAUGUCUGGCACGGGCCACCAAAGCAGUUGAAGUGGACCUAGGACAAAUAUAGAACACGGAGGGACACUGAAUUCGAUUACUAACUAUCACACUUCAUAAGGUUCUUUGAACAGUACUGAACUAAUCACAACUACAAUCAUGGGGCAGGAGUUUGACUAGACGUGUCAACUCUAGAGAAUUCAAGAUAACCCCCGUUUAUUGAGCAAUCCGUACAGUGUGAAUAAAACGGAACAUGGGCUACAUACCUACCCAACCGAGACUUACUACAGUACCUACAGUAUUCUACGAAGUCUUGUGCUUGGAAGCUAGGGACUUUGCCGCAGGGAGCACGCGCCACCCCACUCCUUGUCCCUGACCUUCACGUCAACCCCAGUCCAGCCCGCUGCCGAUAAGCGCUGCGCUCCUCCUCGGUUGAAGCCCCCAAAACAAUAGCACCCAGCCUGCAGCCAUCGACUUUCGCAAAAGUACCUGCCUUGCCCUCCACUACCAGACAGACCCUGUCAGCCUUAGCUUAGCUGUGGGUGGGCGGGUGCAUGCAAUGCCACCAUCGAUAUCCUUUGCGCCCAUAUUCAAUCUGAUCUUCUUUCAUCCCAAACCUACUACCGCUGUUUCAUCAAACCUUGCAUUGUGAUCGAACAAUUCCACUAAUCAUUCUGCAUUCCCGCCGCGAUCUUUCCCGCUGCGAAUCCCAGCUGUCUCAUCGAGUAAGAAAGAAAGAAAAAGUAAAUAUCGGACUGGUUUUGUGGCUAGCGACACAGCCCUGCGACAGACUAAACUACCAGCAAGCGCAUUCAGCAUCCCACCGAGCUUCUGCGCGACAACUGCGAGCCACUCCGCACCUCUUUUCAUUCCAUUUUUUUCUUCUUCCAAAAAUUGAGCCCAGAGACGAGAACAUGUGCUCGGCCUAGGAAGGAAGGCAACGGACCUUUCGACGACAGGUUCACUCUGGUUGGCCGUUCUAUCUUCACCAUCAUUCGUCCAGAUUAAAUACCGUCUGCGCGCACCUGCAUUAAUCUCGCGCCGCACGCAUUACUUCUUUGGAGAUGACGUCCACCUUCACUGUUAUCCCGUCUCAGCACCUCAACGGUGGUCGACUGGGUAUGCCUGACCAGCGGUCCGUCAACAUCCAGGGAGACCGCCCCGGGACCUCAUCGGCGGCCGCAACCUUAAACCGUCUCUCCCCCUCUGCCCACUACGGUAUCGGCUCAACGUCUCCUACAUUUCAAGACACGAACACAUCGACUGGGUCUACGCCCGACAGUAUUCAGUACCAGGCAAGCGACUUUAGCAACAGCGACAUCGGCGACGAUUUCUUGGGCGUCAACUUUGGCGACGCCAACGGCGGGGUACCGUCCUUCCUCGGAGAGAGUCUCCACUCGUCUUUUUACGACUUUAAUUUUGAUCAGUCCCUCACAGAGCACACAUUCAACCCUCCCCCUGUGUCAUCUCUCUCGUCAACCAACCAGACCUAUCCCUUGAGCCCAGACCCUUCGUUACAUACCAGAUCCCCUCCUGUUCAAAGGAGGCCGUCGGGGGAUGUCUUGCCGCCAAAAUCGGCAGUAGUGGACCCCCAGUCGCAGUUCACACCAGACACCAGCGACAGCAUUACUUCCAGCGACGACGGGAUAGCGCUAACCAUGUCUCACAUAUCGGCGCAAAGCCCAAGGGUAACUGUGUCAAUGUGGGGAAGGGACGACAAUGCUGACGAUGAUACCAUGGAUGUAAAGCUCAUGGGUUUCGCCGCGCCGCUAGAUCCGAACUCAGGGUUAGGUUUACCCGUAGCAUCACAUUUUGAGGUCUCCCGCGACGGGGCAGGUAAAUGGAUGCCAGACACUGUCACGGGUCAAGGCGGACUGAACCCUCGUAGUCGUUCUGCAGCUGAGACUCCCAGCCCGAAUGAUUUGGCAGCGGCUCGUGAGACCCAAGAUAAAAUCAGCGUCGUUGACAACUGGUUAUCAGCCACUGCUGACACUUCGUCCGUGUCCGACGGCGAGGGAAGGCCUCAAUCGCUCUACGGUGUAGGCGUUCCAGAUCGUGAAAUCGGUCUGGGAUGUGACACUAGGAACGCGACCAAGGCAGGCCAGACAUAUUUUCGUGAGGAUGCGUCGGGGCCGAUGACACAGGACGACGUCCAGAUUUUGCUCAGUAACCGCGUUUGGGGCGACUCACCGACUGUUCUUCCAAUAGUAGAGGGAGCAACCACCCCUACCCAACCGAAAACUGCAACAGAGGCUGUGGCCAAGUUUGAGGCCGCGUGCCGUGACAAUGACUCCAUUGUGUCGAGAGCAGCAACCUGGGGUACCCGGCGUCGGAGCUUACCGAGUGUUGUAGACAUGGAGGGCAUUGUUAGUGGCAAUUGGGUUAAAAAGCUCUCAAUCAGCCACGCCGAACCCAAGAAGCCCAACAACUUUCUGGACGAGCUAUUCAAAGUGGUGCGCAGGCGACCAAGCGCCUCAGGGUUGGCCAAUCUCAAACGUUCUUUCACCGGCCAGGGUGAUGAUGAUGCGUCAAACCCGGCAAUCGAGAGACGAGAGAGCGGUGACAGACUCGCGCCCCCAUCUCGCUCUCCCAGCUGGGGCAAGAGACCCGUGCCGAGCAUCAACACGGCUCUCGUGGAAAUGGGAAACAACUUUGCCGCCAUCGGCACCACUCAUGCUCGGAGUGGAUCUAUUAGCUCGACCACCCCAAUUGUCUCUCCAAAGAGUCCAUUUGGACUCAAAGUCAAUACGUUUCGUCGCCGUGCCAAGUCCGACCUCCCUGCCAGGCCCAAAGGCAACAGCUCGGUCUCAAACAUUGCCGGCAUGUGGAUGAAAGCAGGUGGCCCCCCGGUGGCCAAUCUAGCCAACACAGUGGGCGUGACUGAUCACGAAGACGACGACGAUGAUGAAGAUGAUCAGGAUGAUGGUGACAUGAGUUCGGAUGGCACGAAACUGAUAGAUGAUGUUGCCCCAAACCUUUCUGGGUUUUCGGAACAUAUACUCAGGUUGAAUCCCAUGCUCGCUGAGCAAAACAACUAUCUGGUGGAACGCAUCGCAUACCAGCAGAUUGCUCGGUACAAGAGUCUUUUGACUCAUAAAGUCAAGCAUAUGGGCAGCGUGCAGGACAGAAACUGCCACUGCGGCAAGCUUUGUAUCGCCCUGGGCGGUUCUGCCGUCGCACUUGAGAACAAAGGAGCACAGGACCCCUGGUCUGCCAGGAUCCAGGGCUCCGAUGAAGACUUAUCAACACCACUGGAAGGCGCCAUUGGCCAGGACAGCUUUCCUCGCGAUAUACCGAUGCCACCAACCCAGACGCUGCCCGCCGAGUUCGAAUGCCAACUAUGCUUCCAGGGCAAGAAGUUUCACAAACCGUCGGACUGGACGAAGCAUGUGCACGAGGACGUCCAGCCGUUUACUUGUACCUGGGACAGGUGCCGGGAGCCCAAAAUAUUCAAGCGGAAGGCGGAUUGGGUCCGACAUGAGAACGAGGGUCACCGACACCUGGAAUGGUGGACCUGCGACGUUGCCGAUUGUCGACACACAUGCUAUCGCCGCGAUAACUUUUUGCAGCACCUCGUUCGCGAGCACAAGUUCCAGGAGCCAAAGGUCAAGACUAAGGCUGCCAUCAAGCGUGCAGGUGGAUUGGAUCGUACAUGGCAAAAAGUUGAAAGUUGCCAUGCCGAAACCCGAGCACGACCACAGGAUGAGCCCUGCAGGUUCUGUGGAAAGACUUUUCCGACAUGGAAGAAGCUUACCGUGCAUCUCGCAAAACACAUGGAGCAGAUAAGCCUCCCUAUCCUGAGGCUUGUUGCUCUUAAACAUUUAGAUGCCGAUACGAUCGUCAGUCCUGUCCAGGAACCACCGCAACGUCCUUUUCCUGCCAUCCCUCCUGCGCAGGACCAGCCACAGACUCAUAUGCACGCCCAAAGAGGCUUGCCCCAACAGCCUGCUCACCUGCAGAUGCCAGGACACCAAAGGCACAGUCCAAUCGCUUAUUCAGUUCAGCAACCUCAGUUCCCCUAUGGUGUAACGUCUCCUGAUACCGGGAGGCCCUUUGUCAGUCCUCAGUUCCACCACACUCCAGCCCCAAGCUUCAAUCAUGGUUUAAGCAGCCUACACCCACUGGAUACGACAUCUGUGUUGGGCAUGCCGAAUGUCAGCCCAAACUCUGCGUAUCAGACGCCUCAUCAGGCAAGCUUCCUUGAUUUGCCAGUCUCGGCCAACUCUUUUGGCGGGUUGACCACGCCUCAGCGGCAAUUUGGUCUCUCCGUUACUACAAACGGUCUAGAGCCUUUUCCCCAGAUGCCAAUCAGCUCCGCGCCGCUUCACGACAGCGCCACGGUCUUGAACUUUGAUUGUGGCUUGAUGAGCACUGGAGCCGGUAUGGGGGGUCAAUUUCAAGGACGGACCUCCCCAUACCCUCAAAGUGUAGACCGUCAGCAAGCGGGCGGGAGCAAUUUUUACCAGUAAGAUGGCAUUACAGUAAGCCUUGGUAAAGACUGAAAGAACACUUUGGUGCCUCGCAUCUCCCAUGCCUCUUUUCACAUGUUUUGCCUCGAUCUUAAUAGCUCAGAUACCCAUUUCUUUUAAAAUUUGGUCAUAUUCUUGUUUUUUUUUUCUCUCUCUCUCUCUCUUCUUUGGUUUGGCGCUUGUCCCAAGGGUAUACAGCUUUGAGUAUUGACGUCUAAGUCAUUUGUUUUGUAUGGAUGCGAUCUAGCUCAGCGCGCUGUAAAGGAUCAGCGAGUGCAGGGAAGUAAUGCAUCCAUCAUGGGAGGCGUACGUACGGAACGAGAACCCGAACAAAUGGGUUUUUUUAUUUGUUUUUGUUUUGGAAUCGGCGAUUUAUCGUUUGGUUUCUGUAACGUAUCGGCAAACCCAUAAACAAACAGAAGGUAGCUAUAGAAAGUCAACGGUCUCUGGCGUUGUCUCAUAAGUUGACGUGUCAAGCAUUUAGCUUGCCGAUGAUGGACUACUUUCUGUGCUGGGCAGCUACGGAUCUGCUCCCGAGUCAUUCGCAAAAAGGAGCGUGGAGGCGUUACAGCGAUGGCCCGUGCCUUUGAUGACUUUGAUAACCUGGAUCCCCGUCAUCAUGUUCAUGCGAAUCCCACGUCCUCCGAUCGUUUACCAGAAGAAAAAGGGGGUAAGAGGACCCAUCUAUAUCCCGUAAACGAGGAGAUUGGAUGGAAAAUCCAAACGGCAUAAACGCAAGGCUCAAAGGCACCAAGGCACGUAGCAGAUCCAAGGGAUGAAGUGAGGCUCAGCGGCGAUGCGACGGUGAAUUGUGCCUUGCAUAUCCUGGACGCAAGUCUAAGCUGUAAUAGGCAAAAGUGGCUGGAGGGUUGG